CUGCUGUAACAGAGAGUGUGUGUGGAGCUGGGGAUGGGGGCUUGGGGAUUGUGAAAAAGGAAGAUACAGCGCUUAACCCCAGCUACUUUACUGUACAAUUUUGGCAACUCCUCCUCUCCAUAUAGUUUGAGGGAGGGGCGUAACAGAUCUCUACUUCUGAGGAUCCCAAGGUUUGAUCGCACUCAUAGUUGUGAACGGACGAGAGGAAAAACAGUGGAGAGUCACUAUGAAGGGCACCAACGUCGUCAAACUACUGGCUGUCGUGGGGUUAAUCGUAAUUCUUUCUAUGAAUGGCAGCUGUGCGUCAUCCCGAGAAGAACCCACAGAUAAUCUGCUGGUCUUGACUGUUGCAACACGUGAGACUGAUGGUUUUAGACGGUUUAUCAGAUCGGCAAAGUUCUUCAACUACAGCAUUAAGGUGCUGGGAAGGGGAGAAAAGUGGAAGGGUGAGAAUGAAGCAAAAACACUAGGUGGGGGACAGAAAGUUCGACUUCUGAAAUCAGCCUUAAAACAGUAUGAAGAUAAAGAGAACUUGAUUAUCCUGUUUACAGACAGCUAUGAUGUCAUAUUUGCCUCAGGACCGAAAGAGAUUCUGAAGAAGUUCCAGCAAGCAAAAAGCAAAGUAGUUUUCUCAGCCGAGACAUUGAUUUAUCCAGACCGACACCUGGAGACUAAAUAUCCACCUGUGACAAAUGGUAAACGAUUCCUGAGCUCCGGAGGAUUUAUGGGUUAUGCUCCAAGCCUCAGCCAGAUCGUGUCAGAGUGGGAUGGAGCGGAUAGCGACAGUGAUCAGCUGUUUUAUACUAAGGUUUUCCUUGACACAGAGAAGAGGGAAAAGAUUGGCAUCAGUUUGGAUCACAGAUGUCGAAUUUUCCAGAACCUUAAUGGAGCAGUAGAUGAGGUUGUACUGAAGUUUGAAAAUGGUCGAGUGCGUGCACGAAAUGUAGACUCUGACACACUGCCAGUUGUUGUUCAUGGCAAUGGACCCACCAAGCUACAGUUAAAUUACUUAGGAAACUAUAUCCCCCGGAUCUGGACCUUUGAGACAGGCUGCACUGUCUGUGAUGAAGACAUACAGAAACUUUCUGGGCUGAAGGAUGAUGAAUUUCCAUUGGUAUUGAUUGCUAUCUACAUUGAGCAACCCACUCCAUUUGUGUCCGAAUUCUUCAAACGACUCCUUGCACUCAACUACCCUAAAAAGAGGUUGCAGUUGUUUAUUCAUAACCAUGAAGCUCACCAUGACUCCAAUGUGAGAAAGUUUUUGGAGGAAUAUCAGAGCGAUUUCAGUGGAGUAAAAGUUAUUGGCUCAGAGCAGAAUGUUGAGAAUGCCGAUGCACGCAAUAUGGGAAUGGAUUUCUGCCGACAGAACUCAGAUUGCGAGUAUGUCUUUAGUAUAGAUGUAGAUGUGGUCAUGAAGAACCCUGAUACUCUGAGAAUUCUUAUGGAACAAAACAGGCCUAUAAUUACUCCUCUGGUGAGUCGACAAGGAAAGUUAUGGUCAAAUUUUUGGGGUGCACUGAGUGCAGAUGGGUAUUACGCCCGAUCAGAAGACUACAUCGACAUUGUUCAAGGGAGAAGAAUUGGCGUGUGGAAUGUACCAUACAUUUCCAAUAUCUACCUGGUCAAAGCCAGCAUUUUGAGGACAGAACUAAGAGAAAUAAAUAUGUUUCAAAGUGGACGUCUUGAUGCUGACAUGGUUUUCUGUCAAAAUGUCAGAAACCAGGGUGUAUUUAUGUAUGUAACUAACAGAGUGGAGUUUGGAUAUAUCCUUUCCACAGCUAACUGCAAGACAGCCUACCUGCAUAAUGACCUGUGGCAGAUCUUUGAAAAUCCAGAGGACUGGCGGGAAAAGUACAUUCAUCAAAACUACAGUCAAACCUUUGAAGGAAAAUUGAUUGAAACACCUUGCCCAGAUGUGUACUGGUUUCCACUUUUUACAGACACUGCUUGCGAUCAUCUUGUGGAGGAAGUGGAGCACUAUGGGAAAUGGUCGUCUGGUAGCAGUACGGACACCAGAAUUCAGGGUGGAUAUGAAAAUGUACCAACAAUAGAUAUCCACAUGAAUCAAGUUGGAUAUGAGAAAGAGUGGAGAAAAAUGCUACAGGAUUAUGUUGCACCAAUUACAGAGCUAAUGUAUCCAGGUUACUACACAAAGGCAGACUUUGAUUUAGCUUUUGUAGUGAGAUAUAAACCUGAUGAGCAGCCUUUCCUCAGGCCGCAUCAUGAUGCAUCUACAUUCACUAUCAACAUUGCCCUGAAUAGACCAGGCAUAGAUUAUGAGGGAGGAGGCUCUCGAUUUUUGAGGUAUAACUGCUCUGUUACAGAUUCUCGAAAGGGCUGGGCCCUCAUGCAUCCUGGACGACUGACCCAUUAUCAUGAAGGCCUUCCAACAAUCAGUGGUACACGAUACAUAUCAGUUUCUUUUGUUGAUCCAUAACUAAAUGUGUGUAUCACAUCCAUCAAAGGUGCAGCUCCUUCUGGUGAUCUAAACCCCCGAACAGCUUUCUGCAUUCAUCCAAACAUUACAUGAAUAAACAACACACAGAGACUGCCUUUUGUAGGGACCAUAACCUUUGCCUGCAAUGUUGUCAUAAUGUUUUUGGAACUGAAGUUUAGUCAAACAACUGCACCCAAGGAAAUGGUUAUCUGAGUACUAACAAUAAUACGAAGCACAGAAAUAUCAACAGAAUUACACCUUCUUUAUAAAGAUUACACAGUAAUUUAUGUGGGACUACAUAUUGUACAGGAGUCUGUCACUGUAAAAUGUUUGUUCUCCUGUUUAGAAACUGUAAUGUCAUGCAGAGAAUUACGUGCUUUUUCUCAAAGUGUGCUGUUGAUCCAGAUUGCCAGGAAUUCAAUUUUGUCUUCAGUGUGACGUAUGGAAUUUUUUUUAACUAGGUCAAAUAUUUUUUUCUAAAUGGACAGAGUAAAUUAAUUGACAUAUACAUCAUUUUUACCCUUCUUGUGUUUUGGUACUAUACUUGAAAUUGUCAUUGGUUGUUGUGCUAAAGAAUAAUUAAUUUAUUAUGUAUUUUUCAGUAGAAAGCUGUUGAAAUUCCGUUUAAUAUUAAAGCUGUCUUUUAAGUAUUAACAUAUUUUGUAAAUGCUGUUGAAAUUCCGUUUAAUAUUAAAGCUGUCUUUUAAGUACUAACACAAUUUGUAAAUACUGGAUUCUGAUAUUAAUUGUAGUAUGAUAAUUUGUUACAGACUACUAGACUGAAGGAAAUUAUCAUGUGCUGAAAUAAAACAAAAAGAUAAAGUGUGGCCCUUAUGCUACAGUGAGCAGUCUUCGCCCCAAAUCACCAUUAUCUGUUUUGCACAGUGGGGUAUGAUAGGGCAGAAUAUAGUAGGCUAUUAUCAAGAAGCCUUAUAAUUAAGAUCAGGUAUGCAGUUAUUAAGCAUGUAUGUUUUUACAUUUCAGGUUAGCCAAGGUGCAGAUAUUAGCAUUUUCAAUUUACAAUCUGAAUAUACUAAAUUCCUAAAUCUGAUAGGAAAAAUAUUGAAUUCUUGCAUAGAAACAGUUCAGUCAAUAUAUUGAUGUUUGAUACCCUACAUUUUCGGUUCACAUUACAAUUGUGAGCCAAAGCUGUUUCAGUACCUUCUGAUAGUUAUUUAUUUUAAUAAGAUCAUCUGAAAUUCAGAAUCUAAAAUGUCAAAACACCAAAUUAUAUUUAGAAACUGACUUCAUUGGUGGUGGUGCUGCUGUGACUAAAAGUACACUCAGGCAGUGCAGUGGUGCAGCGGUUAGCAUUGUUGCCUCACAACAAGUGGUUCUCUGGUUUGAUUCUCAGCUGGGGUGCCUUCUGUGCAGAGUCUGCAUGUCCUCCCUGCAUUCGCAUGGGUUUCCUCUGGGUACUGCGAUUUCCUCUGACAUUCCAAAGACAUACGCCUGGAGCAUUUCUCCCCGGGCCUCCACUCAAAAUGGGUUCUGUCCCAAUUGGUGAUUCCUGGUUAACAAAUGUUUAAAAAAAAAGGAAAUUAUUAAAUUGUAAGUUUCUAAUGUGAAUAUGAGACACAAUGGAACAUAUGACUGGGUUUAAAACUCACCUGCCUUGUGACAGUGCAGGACAGUAGAAUAAUGUUAUUUAGCUUACAAAUUCACCACCAGAAAAACAGAAGUUAUUCUGCUACAUUGCUGUAAAAAGAAGUUGGCAGUCUUACAUUAUUACUUAUUUUUGCUGGCUGCAAACAUGGUCUGUCUUGUAAAAUUUUGGGAAAGUUCUACAGCCUGUACAAAUGUUACAUGGGAGCCUCCUUUACUUGCAAAUUUUUAUGUAAAAAUACAGAAGUUGCAUACUCUAGCAUUUGGCUUGUAGUACUAAUAGUGCCUUGUUGUAUAAAAUGGAUUCUUCAUUACUCCAGAAGUAUUUCUAGAUGUUUUACCUGCUCCACUGCUGUUAGAGAUAAAUUAAACUCAGAGAUGUGGGCCAGUAAAGAGUUUGUGUAAUAUUAGCAGAGAGCUGUUACUCUGUUUAAUUUAUGGGAAGCAUUAUAAGUGGCCAAUUUUCCCACAGACAGGUUUACUGUAGUAAUCCUUUUAAUUUAUAUUUAUAGAUUAUUUUUAACUAGAACCACUGUCCAAUGUAAAUGAAUUAUGAUAAAAAAGUUUCAGUGGUACACAAUUGCAUGUUUGCCUUCCAUUGAUUGAAAACAUAUAGAUAUGGUAUAUGUACAUUUCUGUAUGCUUUCUUUAUGGAGACUAUAAUAUUUAAUGGUCUUUGUUUUCUGAAAUGUUGCCGUACUGUGAACGUUUUAAUAAAUCCUUAUCGUUUGUAUCAUU